AAUGGAACGAUGACGGCUACGGCUGUGAAGGUGGCUUCUGUGACCAAUAUGAUCCCAAGUAGGCUAACCCUAAAGGACCAGUCUUGCAACCUGGCAUUCAGUGGUGAUCGCUUUGCAUAUUUCUCUUUCAAUGUUGCGUCCUGUGGAACCACAAGAACAUUCUUUGACCACUACAUGCUGUAUGAAAAUGAGAUUGCCUUGCCUUACAACAAAGGAGCAUCACCAGUUGGUCCUCAGUACAGACAAACUAUUUCCUGCUACUAUGUGGUCAACGAGACUCAGACUGUUGGCUUCAGCUCAAAACCAAGACUCUAUGAACCCACCGCAGAGAUCGGCUCAGGACAGCUGAUGGUUCAAAUGAGGCUAGCCCAGGAUUCAUCGUACACACUCUUCUACCAAGCAGAAGAUUAUCCAGUUGUAAAAUAUCUGAGGCAGCCUCUGUAUUUUGAGGUAGAGCUGGUUGAGGCUACUGACCCAAAUUUGGAGCUCAUCUUGGAGAACUGUUGGGCUACACUUGAUGAAGACCGGACAUCUCUGCCUAGCUGGGAUAUCAUUGUAGACAGUUGUGAGAAUCCUGAUGACAGCUAUGUGACAAUCUUCCAUCCUGUUGUGAGAGAUGCCAGGGUUUUAGUCCCAUCCCACAUCAAACGCUUCUCUAUGAAGAUGUUCACCUUCACUAAAGAUGAGGAGGUUCUGAAGAACGAGAUCUUUGUCCACUGCAAUGCAGAGAUUUGUGACUCGCACAGCCAAGCAGAUGGUUCAUGCAGAGGCCAGUGUGUUCAACCUGCACACCAGAAGAACUACAGACGAGAGAGAAAACGGGUACAAAGAGGAACGGACUCCAUCAACCAAAGGCAAAUCUCCUCUGGGCCUAUUGUGUUAACCUCUGCUCAAACUCCUGAAUAAACUAAUUUGAACUUC